GGAGUAGCUAGGCUUAUUUACUUCACCUAAUUUAUUGUUCCUGCCAUACUCUACUGACUACACUACUCUUCUUCUAUCAAUUUCGUACCAAACCUGGCUUUGAUCCUUUACUCCCCCCACCACGCGCAAAAUUCAGCUCGAUCCCUGGACCCAAAACCCAGAUCCGCCUCAAUUCUUAUCUUCAACCCUCUUCUUUCUUUUUCACACAGAAAGAGUAAAACAAAAGUCCAUCGCAUCAGUGAUUGGACACCACAAGAAAAAAAAUGAGCAAAUCCCGAUCACCCUCUUGUCCUAUCUAUCUGUGCACGCGUUUCUAGUUUCUACUACACAAAUAGUUUCCAAAUGACCAAGUGUUUCAGCUUCACGGAGUAUAAGAACUGGUGCCAUCGAUCCGCUUUCACGAAAUGGGGACUCCAAUCCACCGUGACGGACCUCAAAGACGGCACCGUCAUGCACUGCUGGGUCCCCAAGGCCCGCAGAGAGAGCAAGCCCAACCUUCUCCUCAUCCACGGCCUCGGAGCCAACGCAUUAUGGCAGUGGGUCGAUGUCCUCCGCCACGUCAUCCCCUUCUUCAACGUCUACGUCCCCGACCUCGUCUUCUUCGGGGACUCGGUCACGACUCGGCCGGAACGAACCGAGUCGUUCCAAGCCCAGUGCGUGAUGCGGGUCAUGGAGGCCCACUCGGUGCGGAGGCUGAGCCUAGUGGGCCUCAGCUACGGCGGGUUCGUCGGGUACAGCAUAGCGUGGCAGUAUAAGGAGAUGGUGGAGAAAGUGGUUAUAUGCUGCGCCGGGGUGUGCAUGGAGGAGAAGGACCUGAGGGGAGGAGUUUUUAAGGUCUCCAACUUGGAGGAGGCGGCCAAGAUUUUGGUGCCGCAGACCCCCGAAAAGCUUAGGGAGUUGACUGGCUACACGUUUUUCAGGCCUCCUCCAGUGGGAUUGCUGCCCUCUUGCUUGCUCGCCGAUUUCAUUGACGCAAUGUGCACGGACUAUGUAGAGGAGAAGAGAGACUUGAUCCGAGCUAUUCCAAAAGAUCGAAAACUUUCAGACCUUCACAAAAUUCCGCAGCCCACGUUGAUAAUAUGGGGAGAGCAUGAUCAAGUAUUCCCAUUGGAACUGGCUUACAGAUUAAAAAGGCACUUGGGGGAUAAUGCUCACCUGGUAGUCAUCAAGAAUGCAGGACACGCCUUUAAUGUCGAGAAACCCAAGGAUUUCUGCAAGCACUUGACAUCCUUUCUGGUAGAUUUACCGGCGGCAGCAGCCUCCAUUAACCCCGCCCCCAAAGCAUCAAAGCCCCAACUGACUUAAACAUACAAGGGAGCAUAAACAAAGAUAUGUUAUUAACCUUUGGGAGUUCAUUCUAUGUCCGAGGGCUUGACGUGUAAUUUUUCACUUACAGUCAUGUAUUUUUGCUCUUAUUUUCCCGGAAAUAACUUUGUGACGCACUAAGCACAGGCAUUGGUCCUAUUGGAUA